AUGGAAGGAGAAUGCCUCUGCAAAGCUGUCGCCGUCAAGGUCAACGAUGACAACCUCUUUGGCGAACAGCGCCGGGGUCACUUUUGUCACUGUGCCAAUUGCCGCAAGGUCGCUGGUGGCAUCUUCGGCGCCAACCUGACCAUCGAGGAAGAAAAGGUCGAGUUCCCCAAGGGCAAAGGCAAUCUCAAGCAGUACACUGUUCGUCGUCCUUUCCACGAUCUUCACCAUCCCCGCUCUCCAGAUGUUUGUUCACUCUGCUCUAACAGGGACAAUUUCCCGACGACAGGAUCCCGACACACUCAGCGGGACCCCAUUGCAACGACGUGCGGCGUGCCCAUCAUGAGUGUCACGCCGCUGUACAAGGGCAAGGUGGUUCUGAAAUUAGGACUGGUAACCUAUCACUGUCUCUCCGCUAUCCCUCUCACGAGGGCUGACAUGAUCGCGCGUGUGUGUGCGCGUGCGCAGUACCCCAAGCUCCCCGUCCCUGAGUGGGAAUCAUUCGCCUCUCAGCGGCAGAGCUGGGAGAAGCCGCUCGAGGGCACGAUCCAAUACAAGACCAAGAGCUUUGGAGAAAAGAUGCCCGGGUCGAUUUAA